AGCUUUCAUUUCAAAAACAGACACACUUGUGAGUCUGAGAAAGAAACGUCCUUCAGGCUACAUCUGCAUAACUUUAGCAGCUGCGUUGUUGACUUUUGCAUUUGUUCUUCAGUCUGUUUUUGACUUAAAGUUUAAUAAGAUUGUUUUAAGGUUGUUAUUAAAAGUGUAAGCAUGGUCCUUCCGAGCCUGUGUCAAACAGGGUUUACGGUGCUCCGGCAGAUAGAGACCGUUGUCGUGCUUGAGCAGCUGGGCAGCACUCUCUUCGACACCGCCCUGCAGAUGGUGGUCAAAGACCGGAGUGUGAACGCCACCUAUCCGGAUUCCCACCGGUCCCGGGAGGAAAGCCAGCAAAAAGCCAUGACGGACUUCUACAUGGCCUACGACCUCAUCAUCCGUCUGGUUCCGAUCCUCCCUGCGCUGCUCCUGGCCAGGUUAGGCGACCGCGGCUUGAGGAGAGCCCCCAUCGUGGUGCCCCUGAGCGGGUACGUGCUGUCCAGGCUCGCCCUGCUUCUGGUGGUCGUCUUUCGGCUCCCGUUGGAGGUGAUGUUCGGCGCGGCGGUUGUCUUCGGGCUGUCCGGCGGCUUCUGCACCUACUGGCCAGGCGUGAUGACCCUGGCGUCGCUCGGCUCCACCGCGACCGACCGCUCUAAGGCGAUGAUGAAAGUGGAGCUGCUGUACGGGGCAGCAGGUCUGGUGGGCAGCCUGGUGUCGGGUCACCUGUUCCUGCUGUACAGCGUCAGUUUGGAACAGGGGACCGUCCUGCUCACUGUGAGCGCACUCAUAAACCUGCUCUGCCUCCUGCACUCCGUGUUCCUGCUGCAGGUGAAAGAAGUAACCAACACAGAGCCAGAGGACAAUUGUCACCUCCUUCCUCCCGCCUAUAGUGAAGCCCCUGCGCAGGCUCCUCUAGGGAAGAACCUGGUGAACGUGGUUCUGCUGUUUGCAGCUGCUAUACUGUACGACUUUGCAGUGGGGGGAGCCAUAGAGAUACUGGGCAGUUUUGUGCUGAAAGAGCCACUCAACUGGAGCGCCACUCAGGUGGGUUAUGGGAACGCCGCAGGCUGCAUGAUUUUUCUCACCAGUUUCGUCGGCGUCAUUGUGUUUCGUCGCUGCGUCAGCGACGUGGCGCUCAUCAUGAUCGGCAUGCUGUCGUUCGCCUCGGGAUUUUACUUCAUGUCCUUUGUAACGGCCACCUACAUGUUCUACCUCGCUCGCUCCCUCACUCUGUUUGCUCUCAUCCCGAUGCCCACCAUCAGAUCUCUGCUCUCACAGCAGGUUCCAGCAUCCUCAUGUGGCACCACUCUCACCUACUUGCAGUUGGCUCUGAAGUUUGCCGGUCUGGCGUACAUCCCGACCUUUACUAAGAUCUAUCAGGGAACCCUGGACUGGUUCCCAGGCUUCGUCUUCAUGCUGUCCAGCAUCAUUGCAGUACUGGGAAUGAUACCCAUCAGUAUUGUCGGCUGCAGAUCAGCUCAGACGCGACAGUACAUGAGGAUUCAGGGCGACUGAGGGCAAAGACGUCACCGCCAGCAGGGACUUAGUGUUGGUACGAGGCCGACGGGAAGC